UACCGUCUAGGUCCGCUUGGUGGGCCCGGUUGAGCCGGGCAGGCCGGUGCCGGGGCUGGACCGUGCCCCCGUCCCCCGCCCGGGUACACCCUGCCCGUCGGACGCAGGGGGUCGGGGCCGGGGGCCAGCGGGAGGCAUCGGCUUGGCCUCCCGGCAGGCGGCCUACCGAGGUCCGGCUUGGUUUUGCCCCUGGAGACACGUCCUCCUCCUCCUCGCUCCCUUUCCUCCUCCUCCUCCACCUCCUCAUCCUUCCCCCAUUCCGUCCUCCUUCCUCCCGGCGGUCCCCCUCCCGGGCCCCCACGUCCGCCCGGAGGCCGCCCCCCUGAGGGUCUCCUUUCAGGCCGGGCCCCCGACCUCCGGACCAUGGUCCUGCCGUCGAGAAGGAGGAGGAGCUCCGAGUGGGCGGCGGGUCCCCCCCACAGCGGGGGCGGCCGGCCGCCCGGCGGGACCCCCGCGGCCCGGAGAGGGGGAGGCUCGGCGCCCGGCCUGCCCUCGGUGGCCAGGACCCUGGCCGAGCCGGGGGGCGACGCCGCCCAGGUGUCCCUGAGGACGCUGCUGACCGCCAUCCAGACCAUGGAGGGGAGGCUGGAGGGCAAGAUCGAGACCCUGGCCUUCAGGCCGCCGCCCCCCGGGAGAGGGGCCUCCCCCGACACCCCGCACGAGGGGCCCCGGGCGGGCUCGUUGCAGCGGCGGCUGACGGAGGCCGAGGAGGACAACGGCAAGGUGACGGCCAUGCUGGAGAGCGUGCUGGCAUCGCACGGCAAGAUGCAGGGGGCCCUGGAACGGGUGCGCGCCGAGCUGGGAGGACGAGACCUGGAGAUCGCCGGCCUGCGCCGAGAGAGGGCUCAGAGCCUGCAGAAGGUCCAGAAGCUGGAGGCGGAAGUGGAGCAGUGGCAGGCCCGGCUGGCCGUAGCCGAAGCCCAGCACGCCAAAGAGGUGGAGCCGCUCCGCCAGUUCCUGGAAGCGAGCGGGUCGGACAACAGGAAGCUGGCCCUGAGCCUGGAGCAGGCCCUCCAGACCAACGCCGGCCUGCAGAGCAGGCUGGACCGCCUCCAGGACAAGCUGGACCGCAGCCAGGCCGACCUGCGCCGCCUCGAAGCCCACCGGCAGCAGCUGGCCGAGGAAGCCAAGAGGGAAGCCGGCCUGCAGGCGGAGCGACUCGACGCCUUGAAAAAGCAGUUCCAGGCGGAGAGGGAAGGGGCCAGGAAGGCCUCCCUCCGAGAAACGGCCGAGCUGAAGAGAGCCCUGGACGAGGCCGGCUCCAGGUCGGCGGACGUGGCCCGGGCCAACGGGGAGCUGCGGCGCAGGGUGUCCGAGCUGGAGGCCGCCCUGGCCGGACACAAGGAGAAGCUGAAGAGCCAGAAGAGCCAGCUCAAACGCCACCAGGCCUCCGGAGCCGACCGCGCCCAGAACCUCCAGAGGAUGAAGCAAAUCGAGACGGAGCUGAGGCGGAUGGAGCUGGCUAAGGAGCGGUAUCAGAAGAACUACGAGCAGGCGCUCAGCAUCCAGACGUUCGUGACCGAGAUGGCGCAGCUGCAGCGGGAGAUGCAGGCGCUGGCGAGGAACCAGCACGCCGCCGCCGCUCGCCACCGCCAGCGGGAGACCCACCUGGAGGCCGAGAGGAAACUGAGGCGGGAGCUGGAAUCCCGCUGCCAGGGCCUGGAGGACAUGGUCCGAACUCUGAAGAGAUGCAAGGAGGCCACGGAACACAAGCUGAGGGAAGCCCGCGCCGAGUCGGAGGAGAUAUCGGCCAGUCUGGAAGAAGCCCAGCGCUGGUUCCGCUCCAAGUUCGACGGCCUUCGGCUGGAGCUGACGAGAAACCGUCUGCAGCCCCUCCCCAGGGAGCAGCGGCCGGCCGUCCGUCCGUCCCGGCAGGAAGCGGACGAGCGGCGGGCCGGACAGUCGGCCUUGCGGCGCUGGGAGAUGAAGCGGCAGCAGCAGCAGCAGCAGCAGCAGCAGCAGCAGCAGCAGCAGCAGCAGCAGCAGAGGCGGCCCCGGACCGACAGGGAGUGACCUCGGCCCGGCCGGGGCGGCCCCGGUCCGGGCUCCGGCGGGGGCGACGGGUCGCCGGCCUCCUCUUCCUCCCCCGGGCCCGAGAGGCCGCUUCCCGGGGCAGCCGGGGCCGGGAGCGCCCCGCGCCCCCUCCCCGCCCCUGAAUAAACGGCGUGCCGGCCCCCGAGGGGCUGCGAGGAACGGU